CUGGGAGGUCAGUCACUGCUCUCUGCUCUGCUCAGAGCAGCUCUGAAAACUCUGCAAUCAGCAGUCAUGUGAUCUCUGAGUUCUCACACACAGAGCCGCACACAGUUAACCCUUUGAUCACCCCUCAUGUUAACCCCGUCCUGCCCAGUGCCAUUAAUACAGUGUCAGUGUUUUAAGUUUUUUUUUAGCACUGAUCACUGUAUUGGUGUCACUUGGGAUGUCAGUGACACCAAGUCAGUUCUUCCCAGUGUCAGAAUGCCCGCCGCAGUCCCGCUAUAAGUCGCUGAUCACCGCCAUUACUAGUAAAAAUAAAAAUUCCAGUAUCUAUACCGCCAUUUGUAAACGCUAUAACUUUCACGUAAACCAAUUAAUU